AUGAGGAAUUGUUUCACUUGUCCUGAAUGUAGUUCAAAUUUGUCGAUUAGUUUGACUGAUCAUGAAGAGAAUGGGAAAUCAUUUAGGUUUAAUUGUGUUUAUUGUGAAUGGGGAUAUGUGACUGAUGUGGUAUACAAACCGAAGUCAUUACAUUAUAUACUUCGAGAUGAGAUGGAGAAGGAUCCGGAUGGGUUUCAGAAGUUGUGCGGGGAGAUUAAGAAGGGAGUAUUAAAUAGUGAGAAUUUUGAGUUUAGGAAAUCACGGGAUGAGAGUGAUGAUCAAAUUAGGAAGAAUCUUGAAUUAAUGAUGAAGAAAUCAGCAGACGUAGAGCAACGACAAGAGGAAGAAGAAUUGGAAGUUGAACCAAUUAAGAAAUAUCCAAUAGCGAAGAAACUAACUACAAAAAAGACCAUACGAUGUUUAGAUUGUAAUACCAUUCUCCAAUCACAAACCCCAACAUCACCAACCAUAAAUAAAUACACUGUGAAAUUCAAUGCAAUCGACUAUCUACCAAAUAUACACAUUUCCAAUCUCUUCAAUCAUCCUGAAAAACUCCUCACCAAAUCGAUCAAAUAUUGGAAAUCAACCCAGAUCCUAUUACUCCAUUUCAUCAACCCCAUGACAACUAAGAUGCAUUUAAACAUAAGUAUCCCCAGCACAUUUGAAAUCAACGGAACGGUAUCAGUAUCAUCAACAAUACCAAAGAAUGAAUUCACAUUAGGUCCGACUAUUCCGAAUUUAAUCAAAACCAUCCCUACGGCAUUAUUAAACAUAAAUAACCCAAUUGGAAAACUGGAAUUGAUAUUAAGAAAAGGAGAUGUGUUGUAUAAGCCGCCACCGGGGAAUGAUGAGAUCGAGGAGAAUUUGAAUGAAUAUAUCGAAAGAGGGAUCAAUUGGUGUUCGGUUCCUAUAAUCAUCAAACUAUCCAACAAGCAAGAAGGAACAGGAGGAGACAAGGUGUUCAAUUUGAGAUUGCCUGUUAUUGGAAUGUUGUAG